ACAGAAAGAGUACUGUAUACGCUAAAUUAAACAACCCCUUUGCCCCCUUGAAUAGCUGUUUUACCUGAUAUACAAGGUAUUGUCUUAGUGAUGGAUAUAUGAGAGCAUAGUGUUACCGGCUAGCUGCUCUGCUUCUCAUGUCUUUGCUGGUAGCCUUAAUGGAUACAGAUUCUGCUGCGCUGAUUUGACAUAACUGAAAAAAAACCCAUUAAAAUGAGGUGUGCUGACCUCAGUCUCUCGGUGUAUGUAUGAACAUCUCUCUGGUUGCCAGUAGUGUAAGAGAUGGCUGGGGUCUAACCAGAUUUACUUUUUUUUUGUUUGUUUUUUUAUAAUCAGAAUCGCACACCUGCUAAACUCUCCCAGCUAACCCCUUCAUCAUCACCUGAUACAAUGAGUGCAGCUAGAAUAAGUGAUACAAACAAACAAACAAACAAAUACCCCAAAGAUACGAAGCCUGUUAAAAGAAGCCGAUGAGCUUUCCAGGAGGAGCCAGGGAGAGGUGAAGCCACGAGGAGUCUGUGGGCCCGUGGGAAGAUUUGCAAUAACAGGCUCUCUUCUCCGAAACCAUGCCAGAGAUGACAGAGAAUGAAACACCUACUAAGAAGCAACAUCGAAAGAAAAACCGGGAGACACAUAAUGCAGUGGAGAGACAUCGAAAGAAGAAGAUUAAUGCUGGGAUAAACAGAAUUGGAGAGCUCAUUCCCUGCUCUCCAGCACUUAAGCAGAGCAAGAACAUGAUCCUGGAUCAGGCCUUUAAGUACAUAACAGAAAUGAAAAGACAGAAUGAUGAACUUCUGUUAAAUGGAGGGAACAAUGAACAGGCUGAAGAGAUAAAAAAACUCCGUAAACAGUUGGAUGAACUGCAAAAGGAAAACGGGAGAUACAUCGAACUACUGAAAGCAAAUGAUAUUUGCCUGUAUGAUGACCCUACAAUCCACUGGAAGGGAAAUCUGAAAAACGCGAAGGUGUCUGUUGUUAUUCCCAGUGAUCAGGUUCAAAAGAACAUAAUUGUCUAUUCAAAUGGGAGUCAACCCAGUGGAAAUAACCAGGGAGCAUCUGUCCAGGGAAUAACGUUUAAUGUUGGUCAUAAUUUACAAAAGCAAACAGCCAAUGUUGUGCCAGUCCAGAGAACUUGCAACCUAGUGACUCCUGUGACGAUUUCUGGUAUUUACCCCACAGAAAACAAGCCAUGGUCACAAACUACAGUUUCUCCACUGCCAUCUGCUCAGACAGCUCCAGCAGGGAGCGUUCUUGAGCUUUCCACCCCAGAGAACAUGCAAGGCGUGCUCGCUGCUGCUACUGCCAGCUCACAGAGUGCGUCUCAAUCUGCAACAGGACAGGAACUACAGUGUUCUUCAAGUAAUGCACCACAAAAUGAUCAAAAUCUCCCCAAAAGUAAAAAUGAUGAGGAGGGCACUAAAUUAACAAAGAAAACACUCCCACAGGGAAUCAGCCUUCCUUCCAGUGCCUCCACAGAAGCCUCCCAAGUUCAACAGGUGAAUACAACUUGCUCAAAUACACACAAUUCUAGGAGCAACCUUCCGGACAGCUGUGUCAUUUCAACCACAGACACAGCUUGUGUGCCAUCUAUGAGACCACCUGCUGCAGAUAGUUCUUCCUCUGUAAAUGUCCUCAAAAGUACAGACUUAGUAAGUAGUGCUGGAAUGCCCGUGACUUCUGCAGCAGAAGGAGCUAAGGCUGUGACAGCAAUAAGCACUCUGCCUGCCAGUCCCCUAGAGAACUGCUGGUCUUUUUCAGGCUCUUCAGGUGUUGGCACUUCAGACUUGAAAAACAUGAGUAGCCUUACGCGGAUGCCUUCAGCUGGAAACACACAGACCACGUGGACAACUCUGCAGCUAGCAGGAAAUACCGUUCAGCCACUUAGCCAAACGCCAUCCGGUAUAAUGACCACACUAUUAAACGAGCCGGUUAAUGGUGCUGGUACUGUACCUUCUGCUCACAGCAGGCCUUUGACUACAAGUAUCAGUCUGAAUACUUCUCUGCCUGCAGAUGGCCAGGCAGCUGAACACAUCGUGGUUACCUUGCCCUCGUGCCCACCCUUACCUAUGCAGCCGUUAAUCAGCCAGCCACAGGUUAAAACUCAAGCUGCAGGAAAUAUCCUUCCAUUAAAUUCAGCUAUGCAGGUGAUACAGAUGGCUCAGCCAGUCGCAUCCGCUGUUACAGGAGCACCAGCUAACCAGAAUGUCAUCAUUCUCCAGCCUCCGAACCCCGCUCCGUGCCCUCCAAUUGUGAGGGCAGAAGUUCCCAGCCAAAAUGUUAGUCAGCAAAUUGUAAUUAUACAAGCUGCUAAUCAGAAUCCUCUUCCCCUCCUCUCCGCUCAGCCUUCUGCUUCUGUGAGAGUUCCUGUGAAUGGGCCGACUGCAGUUGCAAACUCUAGCAACUCCAUACAAAAUGCCCCUCUUCCACAGACUUUUGGAGGGAAACACCUUGUCCAUAUAUUACCAAGACCAUCUUCUUUGCCAUCUUCUAGCUCUACACAAACGUUUUCUGUUACAAUGUCAAAUCAACAGCAUCCUCAGACUAUCUCAUUAAACGGGCAGCUUUUUGCAUUGCAGCCUGUGAUGUCCUCAUCUGGAGCUUCAAAUCAAGCCCCUAUGCAAAUUAUUCAACCCACCACCAGCGAAGAUCCAAAUACCAACGUUGCCCUCAAUACAUUUGGUGCUUUAGCUAACCUCAAUCAAAGUAUAUCGCAAAUGGCUGGGCAGAGCUGCUUACACUUGUCUCUCAGCCACCCUACCAAUCCCACAACUGUCAGUAACCAGAUUGCCACAGUUAACUGUGUGUCUUUACCAACUUCUGUGGCAUCUUCAGUACCUGCAGAGGUUUCGGUAUUAACUAGCGUGUCUAAUUCAAUUAAUGCUUCCCCCAAAAAAGCGGCUGCUGGCUUGCCAUCCAAUGCAAAACCAAAAAGGACAAAUAAAAAACCAAGUACAAAGAAGCACCAAGCAGUCAACAGUAAAGUAUCCUGUCCUGCAGUUCCUUGCAAAGAUGCAGGGAAGGUGGACUGUGCUCCUGUGGAAACGGUGGCAAAGCAUUCAAACGGUGAGGGGCUGCUUGAAAACGCUCCAGCAGCAUCGCAAGCUUUAAUGACAUCGCAGGCGAGCGGUGUGGCAGCACCGAGUGGCGUCAGCGUUUCUGACUGUCAUUCCAAAGAGUCUGCGAGCUCUGAACAGGCAACGAAAACCUGCUCCGUCCCCGAGCCAAGCUCGGCAGAGGUGCCCGCUUCCUCGCCGCUGGCCUCCACGGUGUCAGAGCAGCUAGCGCUUGUCCCACCGACUGCCAAAGAUGCUGCUCCUGGCCAGCAGGCCCGUGGGUCUCAGAACCCUCCACCAACCAGCUCUGCCUUGCCAGAGUCUCCCACACCCUGUGAGCCCCCCAGCACCUUAGCAUCCUCUCGUACCGAAGCACAUGUGACACAUUCUCAGGUUGCUGGGACAUCAGCAUUUUCCUGCAAUGUUGUGCAGGAUUCCUCUGCGGUAAUGCAAGAUGCAGACUUGUUAGAAGGGCAGGGUCUAACCAAAAUGCUGUCUGAUCUCACAAAAGAAAGAACAGCUGUGGAAAAAACAUCUUCAUUCACCAUUCAGGGGGAGCAUCCUAAUUUUCCCAUGGAAAACUCUAAAUUGGCAGAAUCAAAUGUUGAUUUGCCUGAGAAGCAGGAACUCUUGCUAAUGAACACGGAAGGUGAUGCUCUCUCCCAGCAUCACUCCUGCAUUUCUGAUCAGGAAGUAGUCGGUGCUUCCCUUAUCGCUAGCAGGCAGGCAGACUCCCCAAUGUCAACUAGCUCUGGCAGCAGUCGAGGCUUCUCAGUUGCAUCUAUGCUGCCAGAUACCACCAGAGAAGACGUUACUAGCAGCACCUCAACCAGUACGUGUAACAGCUGCACGUUUUCAGAGCAGACUGACAUUGUAGCUCUUGCAGCAAGAGCUAUUUUUGACCAGGAAAACCUGGAGAAAGGUGGAGGAGGAGGAGGAAUACAGGUUAAUGUGAGGGACGGCAUCUCUAAAUCAGCUGAGGUUGCACCUUUGGAGAGAGAGCAACAGCCUUUUAAACCUCAACCAGUGAAAGAAAACAAUGCAGGGCCACUGGAAGUGGCACCAAACAAAUUCAGUGCUCAAGAUACAGUACAGACAAAUGUCGAUAGACAGGUUGAAAAGCCAAGCUGCUCUGUAGGAGGUGUGGAAACAUCAAACGCUUCUUUGCAGAUUCCUGCUUCCCAGUCACCAAGCAUAACCAGUCUAAGCGUGAAUAAUCUAAUACACCAGAGUCGCAUUGUCCAUCCCCUUGUGAGCUGCUCAAGUUUAUCGCAGUCUUCAGAGCCAGCAAGCGUCCCUGCAACUGUGAGCCUCUCCCUUCCAUCCAGCACCUAUGUCAAUCAGUCUCCAGGACCUGCUAUGAUGAAUGAAUAUGCCCAGGAGCAGCUGAAUGCUAUUAGGGCAAGCACCAUGCAGGCACCCCAGCUACAGGAAUCACACUUAAAGCAGCAAAAUCAUGAAGGUCGCAAGGACUCGGCCAAGCGGGCUGUUCAAGAUGACCUUCUGCUUUCUACGGCAAAGAGGCAAAAGCAGUGCCAGACAACGCCCAUAAGGCUUGAAGGGAUGGCAUUGAUGAACCGCACACCAGAGAGCAUUGCUGAUCAAACACAGAUGCUUGUCAGUCAGAUUCCUCCUAAUUCAUCCAAUUCAGUGGCAUCGGUGAGCAAUCAAGGGCACACAGAUGGCCUUAACAGGUUAUUCCCGCCAAACAGCAACUUUGUCACACCAGCUUUGAGACAAACUGAAGUUCAGUGUGGUUCUCAGCCAUCAAUUUCAGAGCAGCAAGGCCAGGCAGGGCAGCACCUGCAGCCAAUUCAACAUGUUCCUGCUCAGGGCAUAUCUCACCUCCACAGUAAUCAUCCAUACUUAAAGCAACAGCAGGCCGGUCAGUUAAGAGAAAGGCACCACUUGUAUCAGCUGCAGCACCAUGUCACGCAUGGGGAAAACUCAGUCCACUCUCAACCCCACGGUGUACACCAGCAGCGAACAAUACAGCAGGAGGUGCAGAUGCAAAAGAAACGAAACCUCAUCCAGGGAACACAAGCCACACAACUUUCUCUACAGCAAAAACACCAUGGAAGCGAUCAAACACGGCAGAAAGGUGGUCAGCCUCAUCCUCACCACCAGCAGAUGCAGCAGCAGAUGCAGCAGCACUUUGGAGCUUCCCAGCCUGAGAAGAACUGUGAAAAUCCUGCAACAAGCAGAAACCACCAUAACCACCCCCAGAGCCAUAUAAAUCAGGAUAUUAUGCAUCAACAGCAGCAAGACGUUAGCAGCAGGCAGCAAGGUUCAGCUUCUGAACAUGUGUCAGGGCACAAUCAGAUACAGAGGCUUCUGACCUCAAGGGGCUUAGAGCAGCAAAUGGUGUCCCAGGCAAGUAUCGUAACCAGGCCAUCAGAUAUGACAUGCACCCCUCACAGGCAGGAAAGAAAUAGAGUUUCCAGCUACUCUGCCGAGGCACUCAUUGGGAAGACGCCCUCUAAUUCAGAACAGAGAAUAGGAAUAUCUCUUCAAGGCCCCAGGGUUUCUGACCAGCUGGAAAUGAGAAGCUAUCUUGAUGUUUCUAGAAAUAAAGGGUUGGUCAUCCAUAACAUGCAGGGCCGCUUAUCUGUUGACCAUACAGUUGGCUCAGAUGUGCAGCGGCUUUCUGAUUGUCAGACAUUUAAGCCAGCUGGACCCAAUCAACAACCGACGGGCAAUUUUGAUGUACAGGCUUCAAGAAACAGUGAAAUUGGUAAUUCCGUGUCAUCCCUCCGAGGCAUGCAGUCACAAGCUUUUCGAAUCGGUCAAAAUACCGGGCCAUCCAUAGAAAGACAGAAGAGAUUGCCCUACCAGCCAGUACAGGGUAUUCCAACAGGAAACGCCUUGCCAUCACGGGAAAAUGAAAACACGUGCCACCAAAGUUUUAUGCAGAGUUUACUUGCCCCUCACCUUGGAGAUCAAGUUAGUGGGAGCCAAAGAUCAAUUCCAGAACAUCAAAGGAACACGCAGUGUGGCGCCUCCUCCACCAUUGAGUACAACUGUCCCCCAGCACGGGAGAGCGUCCACAUCCGAAGAGAUGGUGAUGGCCAGAGUAGGGAGAGCUGUGACAUGUCUAUUGGUGCAAUUAACACAAGGAACAGUUCUUUGAAUAUUCCUUUUUCGAGUUCUUCUUCCUCAGGAGAUAUUCAGGGUCGCAAUACAAGCCCAAAUAUCUCUGUGCAGAAGUCCAAUCCCAUGAGGAUGACGGACAGUCAUGGAACUAAGAGCCACAUGAAUACGCCUGUUUCUAGCAACAUGCAUGGAGUUGUGAGGCCAACUCACCCUCACCCUGCAGUUUCUCACGGAAAUGGCGAGCAAGGGCAACCUUCUGUUCGUCAGCCAAAUUCUUCAGUUACUCAGCGGUCGAGGCAUCCUCUGCAAGAUAAUGGAGGUUCUAAAAUACGUCAGCCCGAAAGGAAUCGAUCUGGAAAUCAAAGGCACGGAAACGUCUUUGACCCUAGUCUUCCCCAUCUUCCUCUGUCCACCAGCGGCAGCAUGAUCCUCGGGCGCCAGCAGUCCGCGAUAGAAAAAAGAGGAAGCAUUGUCCGAUUUAUGUCUGAUGGCCCUCAAGUGUCUAACGAUAACGCGGCCCCUGACCAACAUACUCUCUCUCAGAAUUUUGGAUUCCCUUUUAUUCCGGAGGGCAGCAUGAAUCCACCGAUAAAUGCCAAUACCUCUUUUAUCCCACCAGUGACUCAGCCUAGUGCCACUCGAACACCAGCUCUAAUCCCGGUCGAUCCUCAGAACACCCUGCCGUCCUUCUAUCCUCCUUACUCUCCUGCCCAUCCUACCCUUUCCAACGACAUUUCGAUCCCUUACUUUCCCAAUCAAAUGUUUCCUAACCCAAGCACAGAGAAGCCGAGUAGUGGAAGUUUAAACAAUCGAUUUGGAUCCAUUUUGUCUCCUCCCAGGCCUGUUGGCUUUGCUCAGCCAAGUUUUCCUUUGCUUCCAGAUAUGCCGCCGAUGCACAUGACCAACACGUCGCACUUAUCCAAUUUUAACUUGACAUCUUUGUUUCCAGAAAUAGCCACAGCUCUUCCUCCAGAUGGUUCAGCAAUGUCGCCUUUGCUUUCCAUUGCAAACACAUCUGCUUCAGAUUCUUCCAAGCAGUCCUCAAACCGACCUGCCCACAAUAUAAGCCAUAUCCUAGGUCACGACUGCAGCUCAGCUGUAUGAAAACUGAUAGACUGACUUCUGGUCUGAUGCGUUGUUUAUAUAUUUAAGAAGAAGAAAGUGGAUCUUACUGGCAUCCCUGAAGAGACCAUUCAUAGCAUCACUGUAUUUGCCUAAAUGUAUGUAUAUGGGUACUUUUCGUAUUUAUAUACACACUGUAUUUCCAUCCACCUUACUAACUUUAAAGCACCAGUGCCUAUAGCAAUGCUGACUUACUAGUAAACAGUAAGGAUGCAACAUUGAGAGCUGUGCAAAUAUUGGUUGUUGAUUUUUCCAACAACCAAGUUUGAUGUCCGAUUGUUCCAGGGUAAGGGCCACCCUCAGUAAUACGUGGAUGUAAAGGAAGCGAGAGCAUCCGUAAGGGAGACAGGAAACAAAUGCUACAGGUUUUGGUUUGUUUCUGAUGCGUUUACCUGAAACUACAGACGAACUUGGAGUGGCUUGGGUUCCUCUUUUUCCUUUGUAAAAUACCUUCAGGAGCCUCAACACAAGGCAAGUCUCUGUUAACCCAGUGCUAAUCGAUAAAGACGUUUGUUGUGCAGUCUGUUUGAAGCUUGUCACACGCACUUGACAUAAGGCUGACUUUACCUGGCAAAAACUACUAUGUGUUUCCACGGUCAGCAAUUAAAAAUACUGGAUUAGAAAAUUCAAAUUUCUUUAACCCACGACUUUCUGUUUCUAAGAAGAAUUUUAUUUGGAUCUGUUUUAACAAUGGCUUCAGUUACUGCUGAACUUGAUCAGCGUUUUAAUGUAGCUUAUGACUCCUCCUGGUGUAGUCAGCAGAGACAGCAGUCAUAUUUGUUGCCAUUUCAUUGUUCAUAUGCUGCAAGU